CUGGGCUCAGCUGAGAGGGCUGUGGAUUUUUGGUGCCAUGGAGUGCAAUUGCUAUCAGCUUUGCUUGGAAGGUGAUCCAGAGUCCGCGCAGACGACUGAGCGGUGGAAGUAUGUCGGUCAAGGUCGUGGCUCCUACAACGAGCAGUCCAAGCUUGAGUACGUGGGUGAAGGCAAGGGAAACAUUGACUUGGAGAAGACGAAGCACCAUGGCGAAUUGAGGCUUACGAUUUGCUGCAUGGGAAUCUGUGCAGUAUCUGCACUGGCGCUGCUGGGAGUCUUUCUGUGGCUGUACUUGAACACAGAAUGGAACUCACCCAUCGUUGGUGCAGCAGAGCCUUACAAUUGCUACGAAGGUUUCCAUGAUUGGCAGAACUUGUGGGGUGAAAACCAGCAACGCUAUUGCUGUUCUGCUUACCAACGAGCUUGUAAAGAUGAGACCGAAUUUGUCGUCCACAAGGUGUAUCAACCUGUCCGAGUGCCAUCGGUGCCACGCGUUCACUAUGUUCCAGUACCAUCUCCACCGCAUGUCGUGUACAAGACGAGGGUGCACUACUUGAAGCCUAAGGUCAUCUACAAGAAGAGAGGAGAUGUUUUCACUUAUAACUGCCACGAAGGCUACCCCAAUUGGUUCUUUGGAUGGUCUGGGCACAAGAAGUCCUGGUGCUGUGACCACAUGAAUAUGGGAUGCCCUGGCACCUGGCAUGGCAGCCACCACCUUCACAGUCAUGUCUUUGCCAAAGGUGUGGGGCAUGCACACGGACGAAUCUACGAUUGUGAUGCUGGCUUCUCCAAUUGGAUGCAGGGCUGGAUCACGCGUGGGGUGAAGAGAAGCGAUCAUGGUGACACGGCGGCACUUUGCGAGGGUGAUGCUUGCAACUUGGCCUACAGCAAGGUGCAGGUCGAGUGUGAUGUGUGUCGUGCCUGCUCUAUCCAGGCCAAGCUGGAUGCCGUCGGCACUUGCGUUGAAAAGAAGCUGGCUGUCACGUUCACGCUGGCAUGGUCACCUUCGAAGAAGCACUGGUGCUGCACGCAGCGCGGCAAAGGCUGCGAAGGAUCAAGCCCACCUGCUGUGGACGCUGGAUUUGGCAUGGUUUGGAAGCACGUGCAGGUGAACGGCUACUGGACCUGGCAAGCUGUGCAUGCUGCUGGCGGCAUCCACACGAAGCUUCCGUAUGAUUGCCAUGCCGGGCGUCACAACUGGCACAUCGGCUGGUCUGCCCCCAAGAAGGCCUGGUGCUGCAGCAAUCAGCAGCUGGGCUGCGAAGGUGCAGGCUCCCGGGUGGCGCUGGUGGCGCUGGUGCUGGUGGCGCUGCAGGAGGAAGCUUUCACUCUUCAAGCUGGCAUUCCUCGGGAGGCAGCUUCCAUUCCGGUGGUGAAGUACUUCCCUCAGUACUUCUGCUCGGCGGCUUUGCAAAGCUACAAGGCCGACGUAACUUUUGUCGAUCCCUUCGUUUGUGCAGCACCAGUGUCGGUGAUGAUUGCACCGUUUGCACGCGGCGGCAGUGCGCAAGGUGCCGGCCAGGGCGCUAUGGCUGGAAGUGCUCAGGCGGACCUGGGAUGCUACCAGGUGUGCUUCGAAGGUGACCCAGCCUCUGUCCAAACGCAAGAGCGCUGGGUCUACACUGGAGAAGGGCGCGGAUCCUAUUCUCAGGAGAGUUCAAUUGAAUACGUGGGUGCUGGAAAAGGAAAUUUGGAGAAACAGGUGUUUGCGUCCGGGGGCAGGUCCUACCUCCCAGCCUGCAUCGGAUUCGCUUGUUGCCUGGCGAUCUUGGUUGCUUUCAUGCUGGUGUGGCUUUGGCCCUCGCGAGGGUCUGAUGCCGGAUUUUCUCCACAUAAUCAGUGCUACGAAGGCUUUCAUGACUGGGAGCACUUGUGGAGUGAAGAAAAGAAGGCGUAUUGCUGCGACACGUACGGACGUGGAUGUGUUGAUCACGCUGCACAAACUGAAGUGGUCUACCACAAGGUUCCCGUGCCAGUCCAUGAGCCGAGCAGGAUCGUACACGUUCCUGUCCCAAUGCGGCCUGAGACGCAUGUGGUCUACAAGACCCACUAUGUGCAUUCUCCACCUGAGAUUGUCUGGAAGGAGCAUCAUCGCUUCCACUAUGACUGCCAUGAAGGCUACUCCAAUUGGUUCUUCGGAUGGUCUGCACACAAGAAGUCCUGGUGCUGUGACCACAUGACCAUGGGAUGCCCUGGCACUUGGCAUGGCAGCUACCACCUCCACACUCAUGUCUUUGCCAAAGGAGUGGGACACGCACAUGGGCGAAUUUAUGAUUGCAAUGCUGGCUUCUCCAAUUGGAUGCAGGGCUGGUCGGGUUCCAAGAAGGACUGGUGCUGCUCGAAACACAACAAGGGCUGCGUGAAAUUCCAUUGCAGCUCUGGUGCUGCUCAUAUGUGGGCCGCAGAGAAACGCUCAUGGUGCUGCAGCAACUUUCAGAAGGGCUGCCCUCAUACCACCCUCUCUGCUCUGAAGUGCGAUGCUAUGUGCGAACAUAAAGGAGAGAGUUCCAAGUGCGUUGACCGCAUCCACUGGACGAAGAAUAAUGUGUUCGGAUCAAAGGCAAAUGCGUGCGAGUUGGCCUACAGCAAGGUGCAGGUCGAGUGUGACAUUUGCCGAGCCUGCUCCAUCCAGGAAGCUGGCUGUGAAGUUCAUGCUGCUGGCAAAGACCCAUUUGACUGCCAAGCUGCCUUGAGCAACUUCUUCCGUGCAUGGUCACCUUCGAAGAAGCACUGGUGCUGCACGCAGCGCGGCAAAGGCUGCGAAGGAUCAAGCCCACCUGCUGUGGACGCUGGAUUUGGCAUGGUUUGGAAGCACGUGCAGGUGAACGGCUACUGGACCUGGCAAGCUGUGCAUGCUGCUGGCGGCAUCCACACGAAGCUUCCGUAUGAUUGCCAUGCCGGGCGUCAGAACUGGCACAUCGGCUGGUCUGCCCCCAAGAAGGCCUGGUGCUGCAGCAAUCAGCAGCUGGGCUGCGAAGGUGCAGGUGGCGCUGGUGGCGCUGGUGCUGGUGGCGCUGCAGGAGGAAGCUUUCACUCUUCAAGCUGGCAUUCCUCGGGAGGCAGCUUCCAUUCCGGUGGCAGCUUCCAUUCCGGUGGCAGCUAUCACACCCACGUGAUCCACCACUACCAUUGA